AUGCCCAAGAGAAAGGCUGAAGGGGAUGCUAAAGGAGAUAAAGCCAAGGUGAAGGGCGAACCACAGAGAAGAUCAGCAAGGUUGUCUGCUAAACCUGCUGCUCCAAAGCCAGAGCCCAAGCCUAAAAAGGCCCCUGCAAAGAAGGGAGAGAAGGUACCCAAAGGGAAAAAGGGAAAAGGGGCUGGCAAGGAUGGGAAUAACCCUGCAGAAAAUAGAGAUGCCAAAACAGACCAGGCACAGAAAGCUGAAGGUGCGGGAGAUGCCAAGUGA